AUGAAAGUAACAAUCAAGUCAUGGACGGGAGUUGCAACUUGGCGUUGGAUAGCGAAUGACGAGAACUGCGGUAUCUGUCGCAUGUCCUUCGAGAGCACCUGCCCGGAGUGCGCGCUGCCCGGUGACGACUGCCCACUCGUGUGGGGUGUCUGCUCGCAUUGCUUUCACAUGCAUUGCAUUGUCAAGUGGCUCAACCUGCAACCGUUGAAUAAACAGUGUCCCAUGUGCCGCCAGAGCUGGAAGUUCAACAUACACUAAACGUUCUAUCUAAGUAAAUAAAUCAUCAUCAUCAGCCGCAGCAGUAGCAGCAGCAGCUAUAUCCGAACGAACGACGAACCAAGUAAGCUUUAUCGAAUGAUGGAAAAUACUGAAGCCCAGCAGCAUUUGACGGGUCUGCCCCCAC